AUGGAACGAAUCAUCAAGCGCCUACAAGACGAUUUCAUGGCCGCGGACAGGGUGUGGUAUCGAAGCCAUCUCUUUGACCAGGCACCUCGCUAUGGCACGCUGCCAACCGAACCAGAACAGAUUGUCUUGAGCCUCAAGAACGACUUCAAGACCCAGGCUGGUGAACUCACGAACAUGGUUGUCUACUCUUCCGACAAGCAGGUUUUCAUGGUUAGCGAGCUCGUUAUGGGGACUUUGUGUCCGCAGCUCAGGGAGCGUGCUGUCGAGUACCGCACGCUCGAUAUCGAGGCCGAUCGCCGCGCGUGUGUUGUCCGUAUGAGGGAGGGAAAGGAAGAAGUUGCACAGAUCGUUCCUUCGGACGCCAAGACGGAGGUGAUCAGUACGACGAAGCGUAUGGACGACCUGACUAUGUGCGACAUGGAUGGUGGCGGUUCGGAAGACUGGAGAGUCUGCUACGGCUCAGGAGGUGAAGCGUCUUGA